GAACUCUUCACUGCUGUGCGUGGUGAAGGCGCUCAACUCAACAACAAGAAAAUACGCGUCACCGCCCACAAAGGGCUUGCCGGCUCAUUACUGUGCACAGGUUUCCCCUAUCACGACCAAAGUUAUCUCGACACCUAUAUAGAAACAAUGAAAGCAUUGAUGGGGCCAGCCGCUGGAAUUCGUCGACCAGGUUCUGCCGCACUUGAUCUAGCAUGGCUUGCAGCCGGUCGUUAUGAUGGUUUUUGGGAAUUCAACCUAAAGGCCUGGGAUAUCGCAGCAGGCAUCCUCAUCGUGCGCGAAGCCGGUGGAUUAAUCACCGACCUGCGCG